UCUCCCACUCUUCUUCCUCACUCACUACUCUCUUUGUAAAGUCUCAGCUUUUAGUCAAUACAACCAUAACUAAAAUAUACAACCUUAGUACAGAGAAAUUAGAUUAAAUCACAGUUUUUCCCUUUGCCGCCGUUUCUCCAACAAUGCGGAAGAAUAAAUGGCAUCUGUUGCUCUGUCUCAGUCUUCUCAAUGCCUUCUUUUUCUUUUCAUCAGUCGCCGACAACUCAACGUUUAAAGUACCCUCCGACGCCGCCGCACUUCUCGCCUUCAAAUCCAAAGCGGAUUUGAGAAACGAACUCCCUUUCUUCUCCGUUCCAAACGACACUUUUCACUUCUGCAAAUGGGCCGGAAUCCAGUGCGUGCAGUCCAGGGUGGUCCGCCUCGUCAUCCAAGGGCUACAUCUCGGCGGCACUUUUGCGAACAACACCUUGACUCGUCUCGACCAGCUCCGAGUCCUGAGUCUCCAGAACAACUCGCUCACCGGACCCAUUCCCGACCUCUCCGGACUCAGAAACCUCAAAAGCCUCUUCCUUGACCGCAACUACUUCUCCGGAUCUUUCCCUCCGUCGAUUCUCUUCCUCCACAGGCUCCGCACGGUGGACUUAUCCUACAACAACCUCACCGGAUCAUUACCCGCCUCGAUAGCCAACCUCGACCGGCUUAGCUACCUCCGUCUCGAGUGGAACCACUUUAACGGAUCGGUCCCGCCAAUGAACCAGUCUUCUCUCAAAUUCUUCAACGUCUCCGGCAAUAACUUCACCGGCGCCGUACCGGUGACUCCGACAUUACUCCGAUUUGAUCCGUCGUCGUUUUCCUGGAACCCGGGCCUCUGCGGUGAGAUUAUCCGCGAGGAGUGCAGCCCAAGCUCACCGUUCUUCGGCCCAACGUCGUCCGUCUCUGCUCCGCCGCCAGUUGUAGUUCUAGGGUCGAACGCCGUCGAGUUGGCGAAGCUGGGAGAGAAGAAGCGCCGGAAGACGGUGGAAAUCGUGGGGUUCUCGUGCGGAGUGCUGGUGUUGAUAUGCUCUCUGCUCUGCUUCGCCAUGGCCGUGAAGAAGCAGAGGAACAACAACAGUACUACCAGCAAGGAGAAAGGAAUGGCAAUGAUGCUUUCAGACGAUGCUGAGGCGGCGGCGGUGGGGAUGGAGCAGGAAAAGGAGCUGGAGGAGAAGGUGAGGAGGGCGCAGCAAGGGAUGCAGGUGACGAAGAGCGGGAGCCUUGCGUUCUGCGCGGGGGAGGCGCAGCUCUACUCGCUGGAGCAGCUAAUGAGGGCGUCGGCGGAGCUGCUGGGGAGGGGCACCAUCGGAACGACUUACAAGGCAGUGCUCGACAACCGACUCAUUGUCAGCGUGAAGAGGCUUGACGCCGGUAAGCUUGCAAGGACGAGUAGGGAGGUGUUUGAGACGCAUAUGGAGUCGGUGGGUGGGUUGAGGCAUCCCAAUUUGGUGCCGCUCAGAGCUUAUUUUCAGGCCAAUGAAGAGAGGCUUCUGAUUUAUGAUUACCAGCCCAAUGGCAGUCUCUUCUCGCUCAUUCACGGCUCAAAAUCCACAAGGGCAAAGCCGCUCCACUGGACAUCAUGCUUGAAAAUAGCGGAGGACGUGGCCCAAGGCCUCUCCUACAUCCACCAAGCGUGGCGGCUCAUCCACGGCAAUCUCAAGUCCAACAACGUCCUCCUUGGACCCGACUUUGAGGCCUGCCUCGCCGACUACUGCCUCUCGGUCCUUGUCAAUUCUCCCCAUGGCGACAACAACAACAAUGCGGACGAUGACCCCAAUUCCACCGCAUACAGAGCCCCCGAAACACGCAAUUCACACCACGAAGCAACGUCCAAGUCGGACGUUUAUGCAUUCGGGAUCUUGCUGCUGGAGCUUAUCACCGGAAAGGCUCCAUCACAUUUGCCGUCCUUGGCGCCGAAUGAGAUGAUGGAGUGGGUGAGAUCGACGAGAGACGGUAAUGUUGAUGAUGGCGGGGAAAACAACAAGAUGGAAAUGCUUCUUGAGGUGGCUAUUGCUUGUAGCUUAACGUCGCCAGAGCAAAGGCCCACAAUGUGGCAAGUGAUGAAGAUGUUACAAGAGAUUAAAGAUACUGUAUUAAUGGAAGACAGUGAAUCGGACCCGCCCACUGGGAUGUCCUAGUCAUUGACCCAAUUGUUGUACCAUUCCAUGAGUUGUUAUUGAUAAUAGAUAGAAAGAAAUAGAUGAAAACAAAUGCCAGCGUUUAACCUUUUUUU